UUUUAAAUAAACAGUAUAAUCCUAUAUUUUCAAUUAAGAGUUUAAAAUGUUUAAUUUUAUAUAAAAUUUAUAUAUGUAAAUAUAUCUAUAUACCUAUAUAAUAAAUAAGUAAUCGAAUAUGGCGAUGCCUAUGGUGACGCAUCGUUUAGUAACAUCUUAUUUGUACAAAUAUUUUCAAAUAAUUUUAAUAGACAAUCUAAAAUAAAUAUUGUUAUAUUGUUUUCUUAUUUCUUAAUAAUUAGAAUCUGCAAAUCUGGAUGAAACUAAGGAAAAGAUGAUCGCCGCCUCAGAACCGGUGGAAUAUAUUCCUGGUGGAAGACAAAUAAUUUUACGACAUCCUGAAUCAGCGACUAAUCAACAAUUAUCAAACAAUCAAACAGUUGAAGGAGAAAGUAUUUUAUUACAAAAAUUUAGUCAAGUAAACAUUUCAGAAACUUUACCAAAGGAAUUUUGGAUUGUACGUGAAAAUGAUACAUGUGGUGAAGAAGAAUUAUAUUGUUCUGGCAAAAUUGCAAUUCAUUCAAAGGGUAAUCAAACUACAAGAAUAUUGCAAACAACUUAUACUUGUGAAACAGAUAUUAAACAUGCAUUAUGGUGUAAAUUUCAUACUAAUAUACCUGAUCAUUUAGUAAAAAGAAAAGAAAUAGAUGAGGAAAAUUAUGAUAAAACAAUAGAAUGCAUUUGUUUAAUUGAUUCAUAUACUCUUAAAGUAUUUACCAAUAUUGGAGAAGAUUAUGUAUCUAGUUUACAAUUUCAGGUAUCUGCUGUAUGGGCAACAAAAUAUGGUAUUUUAUUAGAAAAAACACAAGUCCCUAUAUCAGAAAUAAGAUAUACAUCAUUGGAAGGAAAUAGAUUACAAUUAAAAAAUGAUAUAAAUUUACCAAUAGUAUUUUCUCUUACACAUCCUUUAGAUGAAAUUUGUCCUGUACUUAUUAAACAUGGAAACAUAUCAUAUAUGUAUGAUUCAAAUCAACAAAUUGUAUUUACUAGUUCUGAACCAUCUUUGGCUGUGAUAUAUGAUACAAAGACUGGAUUACAUUCUGUAUAUAAAAUACGUAAAGCUUCAGUAGAAGAAUGUCAAGUAGUUUGUGGAAAUAAUGAUACUACUACUAGUAUAUUUAAUCAAUCAGCAAGUGCAUCACCAUUAAAUAUUGGAAAUAAUCUUUCCUAUAAAAAUACAAAUAAAGGACAUUUAAGUAUAUUUGGUAAAAAUGAUAUUUCUUAUUAUUUAAUUCGAAAAAAAUUAAAAUAUUUAUUUAACAAAUAUAUUUAUAUUUUAGGAGUUCCAAAUCCACAAUUUAAUCUGGGAUUAGGAAUAUCAAAUAGUCCAUUUGGUUCUCGAACAUCUUAUACUACUACUUGCUCUGGAGGUCCUUCACCUUCGCAGCAACAACAGCAACAUUCAAGAUCUCAAAGUCCAAUGGCAACUAUUUCGCGUUGUCAAUCUCCUACUCAUUCUGCUUUUUCACCUUUACUUAGUGCACCUGCAAGUUCGAUUAUUCAUCAUACAAGGUUGCAACAAAUGACUUCUGUAUUAAAUCAUACACAAAAUAGUCUUCUAGGUAGCUGCAGUAAUAUACAGUUACAGGAUGUUAUAUCAUCAAGUAAACCUUUGUAUCCUGAAAUAUGUCUUGAUCAUGUAUGGACUGAAAAUGUUGGAAUUCCAAAGGAUAUUACAUCUAGUCGAGCAUCAAAAGUAUUUUUGUCAUCAGAUUUUGUGGGACAAAAUUACUUAUGUUAUUUAGUUCCACAUAGAUCACAACUUUUUCUAGUAAGACUUGAAAAAACAAAUAAACAACAACAAAUUAUUUUUGGCAUGGUAACGAACAUUGUAGCAAAGGGUGCUGUUAAUAUACCAAAUUUACAUAUAAUAGCAAUAAUGGAUUUGUCAAAUGGAGUGGUAUUAUAUUCGGGUAUAACUUGUAUCGGAAAAUUACAUGUAACAGGAAUACUUCCAAAUUUAACUGGAUGUAAUUAUUUUUUAUCUAAUAUCAAUCAUAAAUUAGGUUCUCCUUUUCCACGACGAAGUUCCUUAAUUUCUCAAAAUUGUACUAUUUCUCAUGAUAUUAAAUUUGAAGAAGAAUUACAUUUAUUAAGUCCUGUAGGUGGUAAUUGUGCAAGACCACCUAUUUUGUUGGAAAAUCCUUUAGUAGAAACUAAUUUUCUCAUUUUAAAAGAAGCAGUCGGAAAUAAAAUUACUUUAGAAUAUGGAAAUAAAAAUUAUUUUCGAAUAACAUUACCGACAUCCAGUACCUCUCCUUUAGUAACCAAAUGUUUACAAACAUUAAGAGGUGUUUUACAAAAAGAUUUAGCAAUGCAAUUAUUGGUAAAAUGGUAUGGGGCACGAAAUGCUCCUGGACCUCAAGAUUUUUCACCAGAACAGGAAUGGUAUCUUUUUCUUGUAGUUUUAUUUACAUUAUUAGGAUAUGAAGUAGAAAAAUUACAGUUAAUUCAAACAAAUGAAAAAGAUCAACUUGGUGAACGCAAUAGUCCUAUAGUGGUAUCAAAAAAGCAAAAAACAAACAAUUCUGGAUCUAAUGAUGACUGGAAAUAUAUGACAAAUUUUAUAAAAAAUGGAAGUUCACAAAUCUUUAUUUCAAAUAUUCUUGGUCUUCAAAAAACAUCUAAUAUAUUUCAAACGUCAGUAUCAUAUAUUACAGAAUCAAGUAAUACAGGCAAAAUAAAUACACAAUCUAUUUUAUUUCCAUAUUUUCCGCUCAUUCUAUUUUCUUUACAUCUUUUAUAUGAAGAAUUAAAGUUAAAUAUUGUAAUGUCAGAAAGUUUACCUUUACUCGCACAAUUACUAUAUCAAUUAAGUUUGGAUUUAAGAUUUGAUAUAUAUUCUCAUCAUUAUUUUCUUGAUUAUCCAUCUAUCUAUUAUUUGAAAAAUACUACAUCUCAAAUGAAGGAUACAGACUUGCAGAAAAUUAUUAUACCAAAUUAUGUACCAUCAAAACCACCAAAUGUGUUUGAAACAUUAAAUAAUUUACUAAAUGGAAUAGAAAUAAUACCAUUUCCUUAUUUAAGUCAAGUAAAUCCGAAGACAAAAAAUAUAAUUUAUUUAAUGGCACUUAUAGCAAAUGAAAAUCAAGUUAUUAUACAUGAAAUCGAUAAAUUUAUAAAGCAUAUAAUACCAGCUGGAAGUCGUAUAGAUUUUCAAGAAAGUGGAAAUAAAUUUGAAAAAGAAAUAUAUAAAAAUAUUGAAUGUUCUGCAAUAGAUAGAAUAGUUUUAUUAUACCAUGAAUUAGGUAUGAAUAAAAAGGAUCUUGAAACAUUACCUCCUGGUAUAUCAUUAUUAUUAAAAGAUAUAAUGUAUAGAUGUAGAGAACGACCGCCAUCAAAUUGGCCAAUGCAAGCUUAUGAAUUAGUAGAUCGACAAGAUUUAUCUGAAUUAGAUAAAUCACCUCUAUCAAAUCAUUUAGAAAAUGAAGGAAAAAACUAUUCAAUCAAAGAUCCUGAACAAGAUGAUGGCAUGGAAUUUGAUGAUGCCAUAUUGAAAUUGAGAUUUAACAAAGAUCAUAGGGUAGCAGAAGUUCGAAAACUCCUAAACUCGUCAAAACCGGUAAGAAUAGCAAUAGUUCAGAGGCCAGAUGUAAGUGAUCAUGAAUUUAUAGAAGAACAGGAGAAACAUUUACAUGCACUAUGCACAAGAACAAUGGCACUUCCAGUAGCUAGAGGCAUGUUUACACUCAGAACUUCAACUCCUAUUAUUACAGAACAAUUACCAAUUCCACGACUUUGUUUAACUGGAAAAGCACCUCCUCGUGGAACAACUGUAGAGCUAGCUCAUAUAGAUGUUCCACCAAAUAUGAAUUUAUGGCCAUUAUUUCAUAAUGGUGUAGCUGCAGGUCUUCGUAUUCAUCCAGAUGCAUCUAAUAUUGAUUCAACAUGGAUAGUAUAUAAUAAGCAACAACAAGGCGAAUUUGGUAUUGAACAUUCAGGAUUCUUAAUGGCUCUUGGUUUAAAUGGUCACCUAAAAAAUUUAGCGCCUUUUAGUAUGUAUGAAUAUCUAGUCGAAUGUCAUGAGGCUACCAGUGUUGGACUUCUGUUAGGAUUAUCAGCAACCCAUCGUGGUACAAUGAAUGUUUCUAUGACUAAAUUAUUAUCUCUUCAUGUAGAAACUCUAUUACCUCCAACAAGUAUCGAAUUAAACGUUCAACAGAAUGUUCAAGUUGCAGCAUUAAUGGGAGUCGGUUUAGUAUAUCAAGGAACUGCUCAUAGACAUAUUUCAUAUGCUUUAUUAUCAGAGAUUGGCAGACCUCCAGGACCGGAAAUGAAAAACUGUAUAGAUCGAGAAUCUUAUUCUUUAGCAGCAGGUCUUGCAUUAGGUUUAGUAGUAUUAGGAUGUGGAAGUGGAUCAGAUUUAGCUAAUAUACCAGAUACUUUACAUUAUUAUAUGGUCGGAGGAUAUGUUAGACCUUUUACUGGAGCACAAAAAGAUAAAUAUAAAUCGCCUAGUUACCAAAUAAGAGAAGGUGACUCUAUAAAUAUUGAUGUAACAAGUCCUGGAGCAACUAUAGCUUUAGGUCUUAUGUAUUUUAAUACAGGCAAUAGAGCAGUAGCAGAAUGGAUGCAAGCUCCUGAUACUCAAUAUUUAUUAGAUUUUGUACGACCUGAUUUCUUAUUAUUAAGAAUAUUAGCAAAAUCACUUAUUCUCUGGAAUGAAAUUGAACCAACAAAAUCCUGGGUUUCUAGUCACGUUCCUAAUAUUGUUUAUAAAUAUAGAUUACAAAAACCAACUUCAGAAAUAGGACAGAAUGUUGAUUUGGAAACUAUGAAUCAAGCUUAUUGCAAUAUAAUUGCGGGUGCCUGUAUGGCUUUGGGUUUAAAAUUUGCUGGAUCUGCCAAUAGAAAUGCUUUUAAAACUUUAUAUAAUUAUACCCAAAUGUUUACAACAUUAUCACAUAAAACUAUUGCUGAAUUAGCAGGAAAAUCAACUAUUGAAACUUGUUUAAAUGUUACUUUACUUUCUGCUGCAAUUGUAAUGGCGGGAACUGGAAACUUAGAAAUCAUGAGGAUAUGUCGACACAUACGAACACGAGUAGGACCUGCAAGUAAUGUUGUUACAUAUGGGUCUCAUUUAGCAACACAUAUGGCUCUUGGUUUUCUCUUUCUUGGAGGAGGCAAAUAUACUCUUUCUAACAGUCCUAGUGCAAUAGCUGCGCUUAUAAUUUCUCUUUUUCCAAAAUUUCCAACACAUAGUAAUGAUAAUAGAUAUCAUUUACAAGCAUUGCGACAUUUAUACGUACUUGCUGCCGAACCACGUGUAAUUUUACCUAAAGAUAUUGAUAGUAGUCAAUAUUGUUAUGCAACAGUACAAUUAACAUUUGAAUCAGAAAAAGAUGCUGAAGGACAAGAUUUAAUACUUCAGGCACCAUGUUUAUUGCCACAAUUAUGUAAUAUUAAGAAAAUUGAACUAAAAGAUGAUAGAUAUUGGGAAAUUAUUUUUGAAAAAGAUAAUAAUUGGCAACAGCUUGAAAAUAUGCUUAAAAAAUGUGAAAUGUUAGGUGUUAAGCAAAGAGCUGGUUGUUUACCAUAUAUAGAAGAUCCACAUGGUUUUAGAAGUUUAAUCGCUCAAACAUUAACAACAGAAAAUGUUAUUGCAUGGGCUGCUCGUCCUGAAUGUGUAACUUCAUUUACAAAUAAUAAAACUAUUUUAAAUAUAGUAAAAUGUUUCUUACAAUUGCCUAAAAAAAAUAAAAUUAAAAAUGAGAUUAUCAUAAAGAUACAAUCUUCUGGUAGCUCAGUUAAAAAUACUUCUGGAUAUUUAUCUCAAAAUUUAAGUGAUACAUCUGAAAGAAUAAUAUGUGAUAGUUGGAAUGAGCGAUGUAAUUCUAAUGGAAAAAUGGAAAUUAUAGAAUUAUCUACUUUAAAAAAUACAAAUUACUUAUGUAAAUAUGAAGAACAAUAUUCUGAAAUGUCAGAAUUUGAAAAAUACUUUUUACAUACAUUUGCUAUAAUUGUAUAUGAAUGUGUAAUAAAAGAUAAAGUUAAUCUUCUUCCUUUAUGGGUUAAUUUAAUAAAAAGUAUGGAAAUCAUAGAAAAAAAACCAAAUAGUUUUUCUAUAUGGCAAAUAAAACUUGUUUCAUCUCAAAUGUUAAAAAAAUCUUACACAGAAAAUAAAAAUCCAUUACUUGGUACAGAAAGCAUACUUGCAAUGAAACAAAGAAUUUCAUAUAUUAUGGAUAAUUGGGAGCGCGAAUUAACACCACAUAUUAAAUCUUACUUAAAAAAUGGAAAAAUUGAUGGAAAUAUAUCAUUAUUACAAAAAAUGUGCACAUAUUUUGUGUUUUAUGACAUUCCAUAUAAAACGGAUUAUCAAACAAUCUUGUCAUCAUUAUUAAAUACAGAGGUAAGGCUUAAAAUAUCUAAUGUAACAUUGUACAAAUUAUAUAAAGUAUUAAAAUCAAAUUAAUUGUGUUAUAAUUAUAUGAAUAAUU